AGAGCGAUAAAAAGGGGGGCGGGGGGGUUGCUGUCGGUGGUGGCGGUGAGGAAACGAAUAUAAAUCUGUAUGUUCGCAGGAGUAAAGCUGGAGCUCUCCAGAGCGGCUUUAGCGACAAUGCUUGUAAACGGUCGAGCGGCGGUUUCGCCGUUAACUAAAGGAUUUGCGCAAGUGAGGAAGUAGAUCCAGCGUGGAAGCUGCGAACAGCGCUUGUCAAGAUCAGUGGCGGGUUGUUCGGAGGUCUGUGACCCCCCCCCCCCCCCCCCCCUCCUCCUCUCCCACCUUCAAUUUAAUUUCUGGACGGAAGAAGACCGACGACUGACUGGAAGGUGUCGGCGAGGGACUCGUGAGCCCUUUCUCUCCUUAUUAGCUCCAUUCACAAAAUCAUCGCAUUCCAUCAUCACAGCAAUGUAGAGGCAUUCCCGCUCGGAGGAGGAAGGGUCCCAUUGACUGCCGAGGCUUAGCGCCUCUCCCCAACAGCGAGCCCCUUUUCAUUGCAGCACCCCACCCCAUCUCUUGCCGCUUUCUUUACAUCUAAUUUGCCCCUUUCCUGGCUUUCUUGCGUUCCCAUUCAAGGGAGCAGGAGGCGUUGCGUUCGGGUUCUCGCGCCGGCUUCCCGUGACAGAAGACAGCAGUUUUGCAUAGAAUACAAUCAGUAAGCAACAACUGGCAACCGGCGAAUGGCCUCGCGACGAAAGAGUUGCCGCAAGUGACGGAGCGACUCAUGUGGCCGUUUGUCGAGAGCGUCGGUUUUGCCAUCGAGGGCUCGGUGUGACUUAGCAACCGCUGUUGCUAAGCAAAGUCCUUUCGCCGAAGUUGCUUGAGCGUCACUCCACAGCCAUGAAAGGCGGCUCGGAGGAAAGCAUGGAAAGCGCCAGGCCGUCCAACCUGCAAGCUUUUGCCAACAUCUCCACGCUGCACGGCAUGAGUCACAUCUUCUCCUACGGCCACAUGACGUUCCGCCGCUUCCUCUGGACGCUUUCCUUCCUGGGUUCGCUGAGCUUGCUGCUGCUGGUGUGCAUGGAUCGGGUGUCCUACUACCUGGAGUACCCGCACGUCACCAAACUGGACGAGGUGGCGGCCACCAACCUCACCUUUCCCGCCAUUACCUUCUGUAACCUCAACGAGUUCCGCUUUUCCAAAAUCACCCGGAAUGACCUCUAUCACGUGGGGGAGCUUCUGGCCCUCCUCAAUAAUAACUACCAAAUCGCCAACCCGCAUUUGGCCGAGCCUGAGGUUCUGGCCGCCCUGAAGGAGAAAGCCAACUUCCAGAACUUUAAGCCCAAACUCUUCAACAUGACCGAUUUCUAUAACCGCACGGGUCACGAUAUCGGCGAUAUGCUGUUGCAGUGCACCUUUCGCGGGGAGGAUUGCUACUCGGCUAACUUUAGCACGAUUUACACACGCUACGGGAAAUGCUACACUUUCAACUCCGGACUCGACGGCAACCCGCUGUUGACCACCUUGAAAGGAGGCACAGGCAAUGGCCUGGAGAUCAUGCUGGACAUUCAGCAGGAUGAAUAUCUUCCUGUCUGGGGGGAGACAGAUGAGACGUCUUAUGAGGCCGGCAUAAAGGUACAGCUUCACGCUCAGUCAGAGCCUCCUUUCCUCCACCAGCUGGGCUUCGGGGUGGCCCCCGGCUUCCAAACCUUUGUUUCCACCCAAGAGCAGAGGCUUCAGUACCUCCCUCCGCCUUGGGGAGACUGCAAGUCGACUCCCAUCGACUCGGAGUACUUCUCCACGUACAGCAUCACCGCCUGCCGCAUCGACUGUGAAACUCGCUACCUGCUGGAAAACUGCAACUGCAGAAUGGUCCACAUGCCGGGGACCUCCACUGUGUGCACACCUGAGCAGUACAAAGACUGCGCUGACCCGGCCUUAGACUUUUUGGUAGAGAAAGACAACGAUUACUGUGUGUGUCAGACCCCCUGCAACAUGACUCGCUAUGGCAAGGAGCUGUCCAUGGUUAAGAUCCCCAGUAAGGCAUCUGCUAAGUAUCUGGCUAAGAAAUUCAACAAAACUGAGCAGUAUAUCGGAGAAAACAUUUUAGUUCUGGACAUCUUCUUUGAAGCUCUGAAUUACGAGAAGAUCGAGCAGAAGAAGGCAUACGAAAUUGCCGGGCUUCUCGGUGACAUCGGAGGGCAAAUGGGUUUGUUCAUAGGAGCCAGCGUGCUGACAAUACUGGAAAUAUUUGACUACUUAUACGAGGUGUUCAAAGACAAAGUUUUGGGUUACUGCAUGCGCAAGAAGCGACCGCAGCGCUGUCAGAGUGACAACCUGGAGUUUCCAGAGACCCCAAGCAGCCCUGGUGUCACGCCUAAUCAUGCCCCCAGAGCACCUGUGACACACUCCGGAGUCACUCGGACAGUCUCGGAUUCACGCCGAACAUGUUACCUCGUCACCCGACUCUAGGCAAUUUUGAGGAGUUUGCUUGUUGACAACCUGAUGUUUGUGUUUUUUGUUGGGGUGAGGGGGAGGGGGGGGGGGGGGGGUUCAGCAAACUGUGAAACAAUUGAUUUAUCAGAGAAUAACAAAUACAGUCGAAGUGUACAGUAGUUUCUCAAUACCUGGAUUGAAAUAGAAUACUAUCAUAAAAAGAAACACAACUCAGGUUUAAAUGCAACAUAAUUUCUUCAUGUUUU